UACAUGGGUUGUGAAAUAUUGUCGUUUUUAUGUCUGCAGGGCACGGUUUUGUCACGUUGGUUCAUUGUCACACACAGACUCUUUACUACACCGUGACGGCUUAAGUCCAGACUCGUAGUCACUCAGGUUACAUACAGAAGGCGUAUAACAGCUUCAAGAGUACUGACAGAUCCUGAAUGCCCCGAACUAACAGGAGCCAUCAAAUUCUCGAGUCUUAUCGGCCGCAGCGCGCGUUUCAGCGCAUUGAGCUGACUUAGCAGAAGAUAUACCGGGGAGUGGGAGAAGGUCUUCUUCCCCGGACAGCCAAAGAUUUACCCGGUACCUCUGAAGUGGAGAGCCAAAUAACAACCCACCCCCUUCUGUCAGCGAUUUCCCUCUUCAUUUUCUGGUACUGGGUUUGGAAAAAGGGGACAGUGUCGUACAUUCAUAUCCCGACGGUGUUUCAGGGGACGUCUUGAUGUGUUUUACAGUGUUCAGUACCAACCCAUGCGAAUUCCGAAGAUGAAAGCGUGAGCUAAGACGUGACUACGUUUUUGUUUUUUAUGUCAUACGACUCGUAUGGUAGCCACAGCUCCGUAUAGUUUUUGUGGGGACACCUUUGACUUUUCAAUUACUUCGGCCAUCGGAACGCUUGGAGGAAGAAAGUCCCCCACUUGAGGGCGAGAUCAGACUUCGCUGGACGGCAAGUUCGGGAGCGUCAGGAUAAGGGUCUGCCACAUACAACAUGCACAAAUGUCCGGGGAGGCAGAGUUGGAUGUGAAAGGCGGCGUGGUGUCGAGAGAGCGAGAGCAAGAGCCAGAGAGGGCACGUCAGUCCACGGCCAGAGCCAGCAGCAGCAGCAGCGGCGGCGGCGCAGGCGAGAGCUCCAUGCAGUUCAGCACCAGACCGGCAAGUGUGGAGCCGGGCUUCAUGGGGACAUGGCAGCAGCAGAGCACUGACAGCAACCUCCUCUUCAGGAUGUCCCAGCAGGCCAUUCGCUGUACUCUGGUGAACUGCACGUGUGAGUGUUUCCAGCCCGGGAAGAUUCACCUGCGAACAUGUGACAACUGCAAACACGGCUGGGUUGCUCAUGCCCUAGACAAGCUGAGCACACAGCACCUGUACCACCCGACUCAGGUGGAGAUCGUGCAGUCAAACGUGGUGUUUGACAUCAGCAGCCUGAUGCUGUACGGGACGCAGGCGGUGCCAGUGCGGCUCAAGAUCCUCCUGGACCGGCUCUUCAGCGUGCUCAAGCAGGAGGAGGUGCUGCACAUCCUGCACGGCCUGGGAUGGACGCUGCGCGACUACGUCAGGGGAUACAUCCUACAGGAUGCUGCAGGCAAGGUGCUGGACCGCUGGUCCAUCAUGUCCCGGGAAGAGGAGAUUAUCACCCUCCAGCAAUUCCUGCGCUUUGGCGAGACCAAGUCCAUCGUGGAGCUGAUGGCCAUCCAGGAGAAGGAAGGACAGGCUGUCACCGUGCAGUCGUCCAAGACCGACUCGGGGAUCAGGACUUUCAUUGAGAGCAACAACCGCGGGCGCAGCCCAGGCCUGCUCACACAACUGGAGACCAGCAGCCCCUCCAGUAUCCACCAUUUUGAGAACAUCCCCAACAGCCUGGCCUUCCUGCUACCCUUCCAGUACAUCAACCCUGUCUCGGCACCCCUGCUGGGCCUGCCGCCCAACGGCCUGGCUCUGGAGCAGGCGGCCAACCUCAGGUUGCGUGAGGCCAGCCUGCCCAUCCAGGCUGAGCAGGUAGACACCAGCGAGUCGGAAGUGUCUCUCUCACCCUUCCGCAGUAGCCAGAGCCCCAACAGAGGCAACCUUGGGCAGAUGCCCAGCAACAUCGAGCCCAAGACCGAGCCCAACCAUGCCUCCCCCAUCUCCCCCACUCCUUCAACACAGCAGCAGCAGCCACAGACACAUCAGCAGCAGCAGCAACAGCAGCAGCAACAGGAGCAACAGCGGUCACACAUUCAGCAGUCACCACAGGGCAGCACCAUGAACAACCACCACCACUUUGUGAAGAACGACCAGUCCAAGAGCAUGACUCACUCGUCCUUCUCCUCUAAGAUGCAUCGCAUGCGGCGCAUGGGUUCCACAUCGCGCAAGGGCCGCGUCUGCUGCAACGCCUGCGGCAAGACCUUCUACGACAAGGGCACUCUGAAGAUCCACUACAAUGCCGUGCACCUGAAGAUCAAGCACCGCUGCACGAUCGAAGGCUGCAACAUGGUCUUCAGCUCCCUGCGCAGCCGCAACCGCCACAGCGCCAACCCCAACCCCCGCCUGCACAUGCCCAUGCUGAGGAACAACCGCGACAAGGACCUCAUCCGCUCCACGGGCAGCGCCACGCCGGUGAUCUCCAGCACCAAGAGCGGGGGAUUCUCCCUCACCAGCCCCGGCAGGCCACCGCUGGGCUUUGCCACCCCGCCGCCCCUGGACAUGCUCCAGUCACCCCUGCAGAGUCCGCUGGUCUACCCCUCGCUGAAGUCUGUGCAGCCGGUGCAGCCCGUGCCGCCCUUCUACCGCACGCUGCUCUCGCCGCACGACCUGGUCAGCCCUCCCGUCUCGCUGCCCACCAGCCCCAUCCUGCCCACACCCACCAACAGCACCUCUCUGAUGGACCAGCAGCAUCUGCUGUCCUCCAGCUCACACAAUAGUCACAUGUCCGAGGUCGGGAGCCACAUGUCUCACCGGCUGCCCACGCUGGGCACUCAAGAGUCGGCCACCUCAGCCCCCACCGCGGCCACCGACCCGGCGCCCAAAAAGAAGCCUCGCAAGUCCAGCAUGCCCGUGAAGAUCGAGAAGGAGGUGAUCGACGUAGCGGACGAUUACGAUGACAGGGACGAGGAUGAUGAUGACAGCUGCCACCACCACAAUCACCACCACCAACACCACCACCACUCUAGCUCACACCUCCACAACAACAUCAAUGGCAACUGCAACAACAACAACAACAGUGGCAGCGGGCACCACAGCGGGGAUAGUGGGCACCAGUCCCCCUCCCAGGAUGAGAUGAGCCCCAGUCUGGCGCUGAGGGGGAUGCUGCGGUCCGACCGGGACGAGUGCCGGCGUGGCACAGGCGGAGGGUCUGGUGGAGGAGGAGACGGAGGUGAGAUUCGUUGCAUGGACAGCUUCACCUCCGAAGAUCAGGACCACGAACGAGACUUUGAGAACGAGUCAGAGACCUCAGAGUCCAAGAUGUUCUACCGUGACGAAAUGAUGGACACCGAUGACCAUCAGGGUGGGCUGACAAGGGGAGAUCGCGAAGGUAGACUGCACAAGGAGCAGCACGAGGAGCAAGAUCACGGAGAGGACGAGGAGGGCCAUCUGAGGAAGGACCUGGAGGAGAAGAGUCGCUCUUCGCCCUCACCUCAUCAGCCUGUCAUCAAGAUCAAGGAGGAGCUCAGUGACCCCACCUACGACAUGUUCUGCAUGAGCCAGUACGGCCUAUACAACGGCAACAUGGCCGCCGCAGCUGCAGCCGCCGCCAGCAUGGCCGCCCUCCACGAGAGCUUCAUCUCCUCCAUGGGCUACGGCUCCAGCCCUCCCAAGUUCUCAUCACACUCGCCCGAGGGAGACCUGUGCAACAGCAACGACCCCAAGAUCUGCUACGUCUGCAAGAAGACCUUCAAGAGCUCCUAUAGCGUCAAACUGCACUACAAGAACGUGCACCUCAAAGAGAUGCACGUGUGCACUGUCUCUGGUUGCAACGCCGCCUUCCCUUCCCGACGGAGCAGAGACAGGCACAGCUCCAACAUCAACCUGCACCGAAAACUGCUGACCAAAGAGCUGGACGACAUCGUUCUGGACCCCCAGCUCAUGCCGAUGCCCAAAGACCUGCGCGCCGAGUUCCUGGCCAAGAUCUACGGGGCCGGGCACCACCACCACCACCUCAGCCUGGAGGCCCUGGGCGGCGCCGCUGGGGGCCUGCUGCAUCGCGGGCUGGGCCGUGACGACGACGCAGACUCCCCCGCCGGCACCGAGUACUCGAACAGCAACGGCGGCUACUACCACCGCCACCCCAGCGACGACUACAUGGUGCUGGACCUGAGCACCACCUCCAGCGUGCAGUCCAGCGGCAGCAUCCACUCCUCGCGCGAGUCCGACGAGGGCAGCGAUGAGGGCAUCCUGCUGGACGACCUGGAGGCGCACAGCGACGGCGAGGACUGCAACAUCAACACCGAGGCCCAGGGCCAGGCAGGCGCAGAGGAGGAAGGAGGCGAUGGAGAAGGAGGAGGAGAAAGAGGAGAAAGAGGAAGAGGAAGAGAAGAAGGAGGAAGAGUAGGAGGCGUGGGAAGGGGAGAGGUGGAGGGGCCCCUGUCCAGCGACCCCUCCUCCUCGCCCUCUCUCUUGGCCUCCAGCGGGGGCAGUAGUGGUGGUGGCGGCGCGGGCAUUCUGUGCACCAUCUGCCACAAAUUGUACAGCAACAAAGGGACUCUGCGGGUGCACUACAAGACUGUCCACCUGCGGGAGAUGCACAAGUGCAAAGUGCCUGGCUGCAACAUGAUGUUCUCCUCGGUGCGCAGCCGAAACAGGCACAGCCAGAACCCCAACCUCCACAAAAACGCACCCUUUGCCACCAUGAUUGACUAGCCUUACUCGUCCUCCUCUUUCUCUUUCCCCUUCAUGCCCCCUUCAUCCAUACACUCCCCCACCCGCCCCAUCCCACACACAAACACACACACACAGAAAAAAAAGUCCAGUCCUCAGUGACUCGGGUGCCCAUGUUGCCUGUCAAAAAAACAACAGCACUAUCACAUCAUGUUUUGAUUUUGAAUUCUUCAGUGGUUACCUAUGAACAUGAGCAGACAUUGAAGUUCUUCAGAGUUGUGCCCGCUGACAUUUCCUUCUUUGGAAGAACAGGAUGAGACAUUUGGGAGCAGAGUCCCUUUAAACCCAGGAUGGCUCCAGUUCCUUCAUCCCCCUGACAGAAUCCCUAUCCCUUGUCUUAACUUAGUCCAUCUCCAAAGAAUCUAUUCAAACUCUUAUUUGUGACUGUUGCCUGCAGAAAUGAUAAUAAUGGGAAAAAUUUAAAUCUUCUUGUUGUAUUGGUGUAAUGAUAGCUUUUAAAAAAAGAACCCCCUUACAAGAGCAUGAACAGCUUCAUUUGUAAAUAAUGUCCUUAAAGACUUUUGGUGUAAAACAAUUGUAUUGAUGGUUGUUGGCUUUUUUUUGUUUUUAUGUUACAGUACAAUACUUCCAGCUCUAAGGUAGGCAAGAAAGAGGUAGCAUCUUAAUAGCUUGAUUCAUUUAUGUUAGCUUAAAAAAAAACAUUUUAACUGAGAACAAAAAAAUCAUGUGACUUGUUUUAUCUACUUGUUAGAUAUGCGGAGGCGGCCGGCAUGCUUUUGGUCUCCUACUCAAAUAUUUUCUUCCUUAUUUCUCAUUUUGUUAAGUUUAUAGCUUUAGUGUACAAUUUUUGUUUUGCACUUUGCAAUUAUACAUGGGGGAUGUGUAAUAUUCUUAGAAGGAAAACACUUUGCAAUGCUGGGUCUUUUCAGAUGACAUUGCUGCAUUUGUCAUGGCUAUAGUGCCAAGGGGAAAAAUGCUGUAUGUAUCUUUAGCAUAAAUGUGCUGGCUUUGCACACACAGGUUCAGCUACAGACCUUAUUUCACACAUGAAAACCCAUAUGUGAAUGGAGUAACCCCAGUCUCCAGCCCAUAAAAUGUAUUGAGUGUUUCGUAAACUUAAAAGUGUUUUCCCCGGUAGGACUAUGUGACUGAACAUUAACUGCCAGAUUCAGACUCUGAAGACAAGUAUUACAGAAUCUGAUUCUGUUUAAAGGAAAAAGGGGCAAAGCGAUGUCUGGCUGUAAAGGCCUGUACCAAGAAUUAGCUCAGCAGAAAUGUAGGAGUCUUUCUACUGCAUGUGGUGUUUGUUACCUGCAAAAGGUUAUCGUAUGAAAGUUAGUGAAUGUCCCGUAAUUAGUUUUGUCUCCUCAAAUUUUAUUUCAUGAACAAAGAAAUGUCAUUUCAAAGUAUUCUGUGAAUGCAACAAAAGAGUAGUUUUAACUGUGACCAAAACCAGAAGCAGUGUUGAGUUAUUUUUUUUUUCCAGUCAGUGUACACAGAUACUGACGUCCUGCUAAUAGGUAUGCUGCACUUGAGUCUUAAGCUUAUUCUGGGUUUUCCUAUCAGUCCUAAUUGCAAUAUUUCUGCAAAAUGUUGACAUUGCCAAGCCUGUGUGUUUGUAUGCUAGUGUGUGAGAAUGUGCAUAAUGUAUUCUGUGGCCAAGGCAGUACAUCACCAACCAUUAGUAAAUAAGGUACACGUUUUACCCUACUAGCUUAAGCAGAGGGAGAAUUAUUUAUUUACAGGCCAAUAAGUCCUGUUGUGCUAUCCAGCACGGGUUUAGUCCUCUAAAAUGAUUCGUCUCUCUCUCUAUUUUUCUUAUAAGAGCAUACUGGUAGAUAAUAAUACUGUUUGUUUGUGUAGGACUGAGAAACGAAAUAUUGAGAAAACAUAUGAAAUUUAACCUCGGUUCAUCUGUCUGGAUACUGGCCAACAUCCUUCAUCUUUUCAAGUACUUCCUCGGCGCAGCCACACACUUCAAGAAGAAGUAUACAAGAAAUCACCUCCAGAUCCUCUGCUUCUCUCUCUCUCUCUCUCUCUCUCUCUCUGCCGUCACCCCUUUCUUCUAGUCCACUGUGACAGCAGCGGUUCUCCUCUGUUUUUCUGAGCGAGAGAGAACUGAUGAAGAGUGAGGAAAAGAGAAAGAGGAGGAGGAGGAGGAGGCGAGUGAGGGCGUCUGCUGUGCCAUGAGGGGGAGGGGGGGGGGGGGGGGGGGAGGAUGACAGCGAGCAUCAUUAAAAAUGUGCUGCUACACAGUACCUGGAGGCAUCCGUUCAAUUCCGCUGCUGAUCUGUCUAAUAACUCACUUGUCACUUCAUUACAUUCAAAGAUGUGAAUGUUGCUGACAAGACUGUGACAUGGAGCGAUCCAACCCACCCCUCCCUCCCUCCCUCCCUCCCUUCCUCCUCUCUUCCUCUUCCUUUGACUUUUUGCUGCCAUGCCUAGAAGCCUUCUCUCUCCCUCCCUCCCACUCUGUCUCUCUCUCCUGACACACUCAAACACACACACACCAACAUACACAGAUAUACAUACUCGCAUCCACAUACAUACACACACACACACACACACAAACACUCCCCUACCAUCCUUGUCCAAGCCCCUGCCCACAGCAUGGGUCCUGAAGGGACAUGGACUAAUAGUUCACUGGGCGGCCAUCUCCCCCGUAUAAGAGGAGGUGUAAUUGCCUGUUUAUCCCAUGCGAAGGGAAAAUGGAGUGGAGAGAGGCAGGCCUUCUCCCUGGGGUUGCACCCCGCCGCACACUGUCUCAUUCACCGGGAGGGCCAGGAAAAAAAACGAGUGCCACUCUAGAGGCUGCUGACAGCUGUCUCUCACACACACACCCCCUCCCCACACACACACACACACGCACGCACACACACACAUACACACAC